GGUCUCCAGCUGACAGUGCAUGUGUGUGCUGCCAGGCCGCCCGCAGUUCGGGACAACACCGCCACGCUCCGGCCCAGUUCCUACCCCUUUCCUCUCUCUUUCAGGAUGUUUAUGUUCCUGUCUGUGUGCUAAACUUCCUUCCAGUGUGCUCCCGAAACCGCAGCUAAAGCUUAGCGAGCACGCAGAGGAGUUUUUAGACCCAUUUUUCUAGCUCUACAUCCUAUCCUUUCUCUUGUUGUGUUUGAGGAGGACCGUUAUACGAUAUCUGCGGUGGCGCUACACGAAGGUUUUGCUUGCACAGUGCAGUGAUUUCGGAUUGAGCGUAAUUCUAGCGGGUUCCACAGUCUCUGAAUGCUUGACCUCGGAGCCUAGAAGGGACAGCAGAGUGUCCACACAACCAUCCUUCAGUCUCGGGUUGUCCUUUGUAAACAUUUGCCUUCGAGGCCGCGGCCCGCUUGCGGAUAUUUUCUGAACCCAACCGGACCUAGUGAGUUGAACAGUCGGUGGAAAGAUGGCGCUAGCCCCGCAGAAAUCUGGACUCGAAUCGGUCGCAAGAAUCGUCUUGGCUUGCCUUCUCUUCUUUCUUCAAGGAGCCAGCGGCCAAGGAGUUGAAGCUGAAGUGUGGCACAGCUCCGGAGACUGGGCCAGCGGAGUGGACUAUGGGUUCUACGACUCGGAGGGGGCGUUUGACGCAGAGGGAGGGGGGGUGGCGGCGGAGGCUGUGGAUGACUACGCAGUCAUUGCCAACGCAGACACACUGGUGAGUGAAUGUAUCUGUGAGGAAUUUGAGUCGGACUCAGAUUCGGAGGAGGUCGUAGGAGUUCUCAUGCCCUACAGAUUUGAGCCAUAUCUCUCUGACGUGCAGUCAGACGAGCCGAAUUCUGACAGCGACGAUGAAGGUGAGGCCGCUGGUGACGCCAUGGCUGAUGGCGGGGAACUUGAAAUCGACGGACAAAUUCCGCUUUCUAACACCAGGAAGUAA